CGCACGCUUGCUGGCUGAACGGUGAGGCCAUGAUAAUGCUCAAGUACUCAUCACAUGGUAGACUGGUCCUAAUAUUCAACUGCACAAUGCCACAAUCUCGUGCUAUUGGAAUCAUGAUCCACGAGCUCUGUUCGAGUACCUAAGUACAGGAGGCAGAAGUUGUCAACAACGGGCUGUCCGUAUGAAAACAAAGGAGUGGCACUCCUCAGAAUACCACUUCGGAAUAAUUAUAAGAACCUCAUUCAAACCAAUAUUUUAACCACUUCCUCUGACAUUCCCCGAUGACAGCUUCUCAGCAGAGGCUCCUGGCCUCCAUCCGCGAGCCUAACGUUGCGGGUGGUCGCCUCCUCACCUCGCUGCUACACCAGAACGGCAUUCCAUCCGCAUUAUGGGGUGUCAAUGCUGGUUCUCACUAUGGAGGAGGUCUCUGUCCUUUGGACAUCGAGAUCGCAAUCAACGCAGCGGACCAGAAACGCGUGUUUGAUUUGUUGUCAUCCCAAGGCCUCACCAUCUCUACUCCCAAUCAAUACAAGGAAACCCCUAUCUUAUUUGAGGAGUGGCAGAGAUUAGCCCCUUCGUUCUCACGGUUUUCUGAUCGCCGCAAGGCUCGGCUCAUAACUCCCAUCUACGAGUUGCCCGCCACUGGAGAUCCGCUGGACGACAUGUUGCGACCAUUUAUUGUAGUCUACUCUGCCGAGCAGAUCGGCUUGCCCUCAAUCGCCCCUCCAACACCAAUGUCCGAGAGUGGGCCCAGAGAGCCUUACACCAUGCUGUCUGAGCUGAACCCGGAUCUUGCUCUGCCCGACAUGGGGAGCGAGAACCCCCAAGUCGUGGACUGUAUAGUCCCCUCCUUUGCCUCAUUGCUCAAGUCUGAGAUGCAUGUCUUGCUCAUGCACGCUGAACCGCACACUCCUGUCUGGGGCCAGCACAUGGCCAAGCUUUCGGAGCUUGUCCAUUCGGAAUCGUGUGUCGGUGGGCCCGACAACUUGGAAGAGUUGAUUUCAGAUACAAGGCUCGAAGGAUUCAUUGCAUGGUUCCGCGGAAGUCUCAGCGGAGCGGCAGAUUACGACAAUCUUGACGGGCUCCGAGCAACUUACCGCGAGAAACAACCCCCCCACAAAUACUAAUAUUUCUGCGUCUCCUGCAGUCAAAAUUGCUGCGGCAGACAGCCAGUAGUCAUAUUUGUCAAUAAUGAUGUCAUUUUUGACUCCGGUCGAUCAUGAUAUUAUUUCAUGUGGUGGGGCGUUGUGCUUUGAAGACGACGACAUUGUUGCGAGGAAUGGCCACUUAUGAUCUCUAAAUCGGA